GCCGAUAUACGAGGAUUGCGAAGACAAACACAUGGAUUUAUUUAUGUUGCAAAUAAUUUGUUGAAAUUUGGAAAAUGUUCAGCGGCACGAGAAGGAUAGUUAUGCAUUAUUGACGGGCAUCGAUGCUGGGCAGGUAGUUGGGAUCCGGAGGGUUCGCAUCAGCUGUUGUCACGUGAAGAAGUUUCCUCUCUUUGCUCCCUUCUCUCUUUUCUAUCUCGCUGUGUAUUUGCUGGCUGUGAUAAGAGUGGCGAAGGGGGAUGGCGUGCCAGCGGGCGAACGGGGGUUGGUCGGUCGGUCUGUUCGUUGCUGGAGGGUUUGUGCUGGCGCAAAGGAGUAGGGUCUAGGGGGUUCGGGGUGGAAGGAGGAAAGGAGGGUUCUAGUUCGCGAAACGUUGUGUGGCUGCGUGAACCAGACUUGGCGCAAGUGUGUUCCUACCAAAGGGGGUGGGAGGGUGUCACGUCAAGCCAUCACGCGGGGACUCGCGAACCCUCUACCCAACACACACACAGAGGUUCUCUCAGUCCGCGCUAGUCCGUCGCACGUAGUAUUGAUCGGCUGGACAAAGGAAACUGACCACCAGUUUGCAAGAAACUCUUCCGAGCGCAACUACCAGACCCGGUCCUCCGCUCCAGUCUCUCGCGUUUUGCGUUUGCAUCAGUUUUAAUAACUUUUGCGGUGGAAACUUUGUGGCGCACGCGUGAAAAAACACACGCGGUCUGUGUUGUUGUGGUGUUGUUGCAUUCAUCAAAAGUUGUCCUUCGCGCGCGCUUCAAACGCUCAUCCUUGUGCCUAAGGAUAAACACUUAGUAUUACCUCGCGUAUAUAAUAAGGCAGUAGUUGUAGUUUAAAGUGCUUCUUCGGUUUCGAAGUAAGUGAAGCUACCAGCAGCUAUCAGUGAUCAUCAAAACUGUUUCCCAGUGACCUAUACUUGAUUAUGUCCGCGAUGUCUGCGAAACCGGCAAAGAGACCUUUGCGUUCGCUGACAGCCCAUGAGAAGUUAGUGGCUAUCCGGAGGGUGCACGAUGGUGAAAGCAAAGCGGCAGUGGCUCGCGAUAUCGGAGUGCCCGAGUCCACGCUUCGUGGAUGGUGUAAGAACGAAGAAAAGAUCUCCUACAUAUCCCGUCAAUCUAGUCCGGAUACCGACGACUCUCUUCAGUACGAACCCAAGGAGAAGAGGACGAAGCGCGAUGAUUCGAAUGGUGCGCCCUUCAACCUUUCUAUGAAGGCGAGCCCAAGGGUCUCCUAUUCUCCGAACUCUGAGGCCUACAAGCAGGACGACCGACCGUUAAAUCUUAACAUGAAGGUGGAUACACAGAAGACAGAGCGCGACCGUAACCGCGCUGAAUUGGCGCGUCUCAGCAUCGAGCUGGGGCUUAACAGGCCUGAGAUGUACCCAACGGCCACCGGCAAUCCUCUCGACAUGAACAACAUUAAUCUGCUUGCACAAUGGAAUAACCUUCUUCUACAGCAGAAACCAAAGACUUCUCAACCGGAUACCUCCGCAGGAAUGUCUUCGCAAGCGCUGUUGACAACUUUUAACCAGGAGAGAGAGAAGGGCUUGCCCAAAGUGGACCCACCAAAGUCCGUUGAGGAUUCCGUGUGGUACUGGUUGAAGACACAGCAGGCAAUGCUUGGAUUGAACCAACAAAAUCAGAGCCAAAGUCAAAAUCAAAACGUCGCAAAUAUGGCACACUCGUUUCUAACGACAAACGCCAUCGUAGACCCAACGAACAGCUCGUGGUUCUGGAAAUGGUACAAGGACUACACGCAGCUUCAAUCAGUCGCGGCGCAGCAUCAGCUACAGCCCCAGCAGGCUAUGGAUAAGAUUCUAUAUCAGCAAUUAACCAAAGAUAACAGCGAGAACUUAACGACGACCGAAGAGAAACCAAAAAGCACAAACAGGGCCCGCGCCGUUCUCGAUAACUUGCUAUUGAACAACAACAACGUUGCGGUCAUCAAAAAAGACAGCAAGGAGGAUGAUGUCAGUCAGAUGGAAGCUUUAGAGCAUGGAGAAAAAUUCUUGAAGUGGUUAGAAUGUUGCAGCGAGCCAUCAGUCACCGCCAUGCAGAUCAUGCAAUUCCGCGGACUGAUCAACAACAUCAAGACCGGUGCCAACAGGAAAAACGGCGAUCACCAGAAGACCAAAGUGCGAAGGAAAUAAAUACCAGCCCCUCUAACAGACGAAAAAACUUUAGGCGUUUAAAGGCUGUACAGCUCAAAACCAAAUUUAUAUUAUUAUAUAUAGUUAACACGUUUUUUAUGUAGUCUAUUGUACAAAGUUUAUCUGACGCGAGUACGUGGGGGUUGAAACUCUGAUGUUACCUGUGAAAAUGAUUAAUAUUCAAUUUAAGAGAGAUAAAUACUAAUCUAUGAGGAAAAGAAAAAAGCAGAAGGUUUUAUUCCUAUAUAUAUAUAUAUGAUUAUAUAAUUUGUUUUAGUCAUUGAGAAAGAAGCGAUUACGAGAAUGGAUUAUGGGUGUGUAGUAAGCGAAGAUUCUAGUGCCAAAUUUUAAUUAAUAACAGCUCCAUUUCCUUUGUUUUCGCUGAAAUAUGGAUAUAUGCUCAAGAUAUUAUGUACCUAUAUUUAUUUUUACUAUUAUUUUUUUAAUCUUUUAAAUGCUAAUUGCGAUCUCGAAGUAUUUGUUUUGUUGUCGGGCUUCCAAAAUUGAUUCACAAAGAAGAAACGAUUAGUUUUGUAAAUACAUAUAAAUAUAAGUCAUACUAAGAAUAAAGUAAUAAUUUUCGGAAUCAAUUUUGGCAAUUUUAUUUUUUUUUAACUCUUAAUGUAUUUCGCCUGACUCAAAAAUUUAGACUGUACUUAUUGUUAUCUACAUUUUUUUUCGAAUAACUAUUAUUUAAUACAUGCAUUUGAUCAUUUUUUUUUCUAAUAUUAUACUUAGUUUUAUUGUUUCUUGUGAUUUUUACCUUGCUGUGUGUGGAAUUUCUUUCCUAUCGUUCUCGAUUUGGUUAUAUGGAAAUUGAUAUUUUUGUACCGAAAUGUUUAUGAUGAAAAAUUAUUGUACGGAACGUGACGAAGGAAACCAAAAGAGUAAUAAUUUUAUGAGGAGAUAAGAAGAAUUCACACGAAUUUGUAAUUUAAUUUGUAUAUUAUAUGUACAUUAUAUAUGCAUACGCAUGAAUGUUAAUAUCGUGCAUAUAAUAUAGUCGAAUUGAAAUUG